AGGGCUGGAUCUACCGGAUCGCUCGCGGGAGGAAGGUGGUGCGCCGAGUGGCUUCUCUGCUCUUCCGAGAGCCGAAGCAGCAGCUGGUGGAUGAAGAAGAUACCAAUAAGAGCACUCCGGACAACUGAGAAUUACCAGCAACUUUGAAAAUGAAAGCAAAUUGAGCCCUCAGAAAAGCACACAAUUCUUCCCUUUCCCCAGCUGGUGAGAGACAAAGGGGAGAAAAUCAAGAAGAGAUUUCAAACUGGAAAAGUAGAGUAUGCAGAACUCAACAAUAGAUUACAUGAAAAGGUCAAAGGAGAUUAUUUUUUCCAUUCAGAGAAAGAGGGAAAUAUCUAGAGGUGAGUGAGGAGAAAAAAGACAAUUGGAUAGCCACAAAAGGUAGACAUUAAUGCAAGCCUUGCCCUGUGAGGAAGAAAACAGUAGCUUGAAUCAAAGCUCCAUGCAACAAAAGAUCACACGUAUUUUUGACUCCUUCAGGAACAUCAGUGGUGGAAAAGCUCCAUAGAUGUGCCUAUUGUAUGAAAAGCAUGCAUAGCAAAUCACAGAUUAUGCAUAACAGAAUCCAUGCUGGAGGAAAGCCAUAGAAAUUAUCCGAAUGUGGAAAUGAUUUAGUUAGAUUAGCUCCAUUGUGGUUCAUUAAAGGACCCACACAGGAGAGAAGCCUUAUAGCUGCUCCCAAUGUAGUAUUCCAAUCUUGUGUUACAGUAGAAGAUGCCCACAGGAAAGAAAUCUUAUAACUGUCCUGAUUGUGGGAAAAGUUUCGUUGCAAAUUCCCACCUGGUGAUACACCAGAGGAUUCACACAGGAGAGAAACCUUUUGAAUGUCCUGAUUGUGGAAAACGUUUCAGUCAGAAUUCCAAUUUGGUUCAACACCAGAGGACUCAUACAGGAGAGAAACCCUUUGAAUGUCCUGAUUGUGGGAAAAGUUUCAUUGCAAAUUCCCACCUGUUGGAUCACCAGAGGACUCAUACAGGAGAGAAACCCUUUGAAUGUCCUGAUUGUGGAAAAGGUUUCAGUCAGAAUUCAAGCCUGGUGAUUCAUCAGAGGACUCACACAGGACAGAAACCCUUUGAAUGUUCUGAUUGUGGAAAACGUUUCAGUUGGAAUUCCGAUUUGGUUAAACACCAGAGAACUCACACAGGAGAAAAACCCUUUGAAUGUACUGAUUGUGAAAAAAGUUUCAGUCGGAAUUCAAGCCUGCUGAUUCAUCAGAGGACUCACACAGGAGAAAAACCCUUUGAAUGUCCUGAUUGUGGGAAAAGUUUCAGUUUGAAUUCCAGCUUGGUUAAACAUCAGAGGACUCACACAGGGGAGAAACCCUUUGAAUGUCCUGAUUGUGGGAAAAGUUUCAGUCAGAAUUAUGACCUGGUGAAACACCAGAGAACUCACACAGGAGAGAAACCCUUUGAAUGUCCUGUUUGUGGGAAACUAUUCCGUCAGAAUUCCAGCCUGGUGAAACACCAGAGGACUCACACAGGAGAGAAACCCUUUGAAUGUUCUGAUUGUGGCAAACGUUUCAUUUGGAAUUCUGAGCUGGUGAAACACCAGAGGACUCACACAGGAGAAAAACCCUUUGAAUGUCCUGAUUGUGGGAAAAGUUUCAGUCAGAAUUAUGACUUGGUGAACCAUCAGAGGACUCACACAGGAGAAAAACCCUUUGAAUGUCCUGAUUGUGGGGAAAGUUUCAGUUUCCAUUCCAGUUUGGUUAAACACCGGAGGACUCACACAUUGGAUAAACCCUUUGAAUGUCCUGACUGUGGAAAAGGUUUCAGUUUCAAUUCCAGUUUGGUUAACCACCAGAGGACUCACACAGGAGAGAAACCCUUUGAAUGUCCUGUUUGUGGGAAACGUUUCAGUCAGAAUUCCAGCCUGGUGAAACACCAGAGGACUCACACAGGGGAGAAAGCCUUUCAAUGUCCCGAUUGUGGGAAACGUUUCAGUCAGAAUUCCAGCCUGGUGGAACACCACAGGACUCACACAGGUGAGAAACCAUUUGAAUGUCCUGAUUGUGGGAAAUGUUUCAGUCGGAAUUCCAGCCUAGUGAUACACCAGAGGACUCACACAGGAGAGAAACCUUUUGAAUGUCCUGUUUGUGGAAAACGAUUCAGUCAGAAUUCCAGCCUGGUGAAACACCGCAGGACUCACACAGGGGAGAAACCCUUUGAAUGUCCUGUUUGUGGGAAAAAAUUCAGUGAGAAUUCCAAACUGGUGAAACACCAGAGGAUUCACACGAGAGAAACGAUAUGAAUGUCUAGAUUGUGGAAAAAGUUUCAGUCGGAAUUCUGAUUUACUGAUCAGUGCUGAAAUUCAAUUUUUUUUACUAUCGGUUCUGUGGGUGUGGCU